AUGGAGUUCAGUGAGUCGGUGACCUCAAAGUACCCACUAGUCUUCCCUCUCAUCCUCCCACUCUCCUACGCUGCCCACUUUGACAUUGUUAACCAGUACUCUUACACCGUAUGGGCAACCACAGUCCCUGGUGGCGGCCGCCAGCUCAACAACGAUGAAACAUGGACUAUAAAGGUGAAUGCCAACACCACCGACGGCUAUGUAUGGGCACGCACAGGCUACAACUGUGAUAGCUCUAGCCAUGGCAGCUGUGAGACCAGUGGCUGUAAUGGUCUCUUGCAAUGCCAAUGCUACGACCAACCACCCAACACUCUGGCUGAGUUCACCCUAAACCAAUUCCAAAACUUGGACUUCAUUGAUAACUCUUUGGUUGAUGGGUUCAAUGUGCCCAUGGACUUCAGUCCGACUGGUGGAUGUGAACGUGGGAUUUGGUGCUCGGCCGACAUCAAUGGGCAGUGGUCGGCUGUGCUGAAGGAUCCGGGAGGAUGUAACAACCCUUGCACUGUAAUCAAAAUUGAUGAGUAUUGUUCCAACUCAGGUAGCUAUCAACCAACUAAUUAUUCUAUAUUUUAUAAGGGUCUCUGUCUAGAUGCAUAUAGCUACCCUAAGGGUGAUCAGAAUACUAAGGUUGUCUUCAAUUGUUCUGGUGGGACUAACUAUAAGAUUGUCUUCUGCCCUUGA